AUGGCGCCUAAAGAGGACAGCACCGCAAUAACCUUCACCGAGGUGGACGAGGUUAACCAUCCUACCGCAACCUACAUUUACUCCGAGCCCGCAGCGGGCCCUGCACAUCGUGAGCAUGGCAAGAAACAUGGAGAGAAUUGGGGACGCGUGGAUGUGGCACAUGCUUCCUCCACUGCUCCGGCAGCUUGGUCUUCAAAGAGCGUUCAAGACUUUCUAGUUGAGGUCUUCCUUCCUGCUGGAUAUCCCCACAGUGUCACAGAUGACUAUGCGCCAUACCAAUUGUUUGACUCUCUCCAAGCCUUCAGCAGCUCGAUUGCUGGCCUCCUAUCCUCGAGAGCGGUGCUGCAAGGCGUUGGAGUUGGCAACGCCGAUGCCUCCCCCACCGCAGCCCUACUGCUGCACAUCCUCCAAGAUACCUCUGGCCGUAUCGCGACGAUCCUCUUCGCGCACCGGGUCGGUACUGCUCUCGAGCCAGAAUGCAAGAUGUACCGGCUUGCAGCGGACAUCUUUAACGAUCUAGCAAUGAUCCUUGACUGUCUCUCACCAAUGAUCCCUGCAGGUGCUCCUCGAGUCACCGUACUCAGCACAGCAGGUGUGCUUCGCGCUUUAUGCGGAGUAGCAGGGGGGAGUUCCAAGGCGAGUCUAAGUGCACAUUUCUCUCGCUGGGGGAACCUCGCUGAGGUCAAUGCCAAAGAUUCGUCGCAAGAGACAAUCAUAUCACUCAUCGGAAUGCUCGUCGGCUCCUUCGUCGUCUCCCGCGUGACAAGUUUCUCCACUACCUGGAUAUGCCUCUUGAUACUUCAGGCCCUGCACCUCAGUCUCAAUUAUGCGGCCGUCCGCUCCGUCCAAAUGACCAGUCUCAACAGGCAGCGAGCAAACAUCGUCUUCUCAACCCUCCUAAACACCGACCCAGACCUCACACGACUCCUCCACCCAGAGCCAUCCAAACAGCAACAAACCCCUGCACAACACUCCCACCAACCGCCCUCCUGGAAGACCCUAACCCCAGCCCAAGUCUCCAAGAAAGAGAAAAUCUUCGAAACAGACGGCAUCCUCCGCUGGUCCCCAACAAUGAAACCCCCUCAAACCCUUGGUUACUGCCGUAUAGGCAUCUCCCUGCACCAAUUCCUCUCUUCCACCGCACCAUCCAGCAGCACACGAUCAACAACCUCCUCUCGAUCCCUCCGAACCCCAGUCCCAAUACCCCAACUCACCACCCUCUUCAGCAAAGAAGACUACAUCCUCUACCUCACCAACAGCAGCAGAAGCAGCAAAAAGAACCCAACAUGGCACGCAAACAUCCUGCUCAAGAAUACUACUACCAGUCAAUCCCAGCUCAAGGCAUGGGCGCAUGCCUUGCUGGCUGCAAGGGUCUUGUCGACGUCAUCAGCAGCGACAGCAGACUCCACCAGUACCUCAGACCAGGUAGAAACUACGAUGAAUGUACUGGAGCGGACGUUAGAGUUCCUGAAUGAAGGCUCGAGGUUCAAUCGGUAUACUACUGCAUUGAUCGAUAAUGGCUGGGAUUUGAGCAUUGCUGCGUUGGAAACCAGAUCGGGAAGGAGAGUCGUGGUGUAA